AGUUCCGUUUCCAGCACAUUCUACGGUAGGACUAUAGACGCAGGAGCACCGCUGGUAGCUGCUAGCUAGAGUCUUCUAGAAGCAGCAUCGUGCUGUGGACAUCCACCGGCAGACUGAUUGACCUGUAAGCGUUUAGCGUUAAACGAGUUUUAAUAUUUAUCUCUCGAAAUGGCCAAGUGGGGAGAAGGAGACCCUCGUUGGAUUGUAGAGGAGAGAGCAGAUGCUACUAAUGUUAACAACUGGCACUGGACUGAAAGAGAUGCAACAGCUUGGUCCUCUGAUAAGCUGAAAUCUUUGCUUCUUGGGUUGAGCGUGGAGAACGAGGAGGGCAGCUGUGAAGUGACAGAAGUCAGCAAGCUGGAGGGAGAGGCCUCUAUUAACAACCGCAAAGGGAAACUCAUUUUCUUUUAUGAAUGGAACAUGAAAGCUACUUGGACUGGAAAAUCAAAAGCAGGAAUCAAAUAUAAUGGAUCGAUCGAAGUUCCAAACUUGUCUGAUGAAAACGACACGGAGGAUCUUGAUAUUUCUAUAAUGUUGAACAAAGAUGAACCAGACACACCGCUGGUUCACCUAAUGAAGACUAGGGGGGCAGAGAAAAUCCGUGAAGCGCUGGGAAGUUACAUAGAGCUUUUGAAAACGGAGUUCACUCAAGGGAUGAUCCUGCCUACAUCCAACGGUGUGGCCAAACUGGAGACCGCGUCACAGUCCAAAGCCAAGUUUGAUAAAACUCAGUUUCAGUCCUCAAGCGGAACAGCAGCUCCCAUCCACACAGGUGUGAAGAUCCCCACCUGUAAAAUCUCCCUGAAAGACACGUUUCUCACCUCGCCGGCUGACCUCUACAGGGUCUUUCUCAACCAGGAGAUGGUUCAGGCGUUCACGCGCAGUGCCGCCACCGUAGAGGGAGAGAAGGGUGGGAAGUUUCGUUUGCUAGAAGGAAACGUUUUUGGAGAAUUCACAGAGCUGGUUCCUGAUGAGAAAAUAGUAAUGAAGUGGAGGUUUAACAACUGGCCCUGCGAGCAUUAUGCAACAAUCACUCUGACGUUCCUGGACCGGAGCACUGAGACUGAGCUGAAGGUGGAGUGUCGAGGCGUUCCGAACAGCGAAGAAGAUCAGACUAAAGAUGGCUGGAAGAGAUACUACUUUGAAGCCAUAAAACAGACCUUUGGCUAUGGAGCACGACUCUUCUGAAGACCCUGUGCUGUUCAUUUGUUUUUAUAUCUGUUCAUCCUCUGGCACAGAGUAUCUGGUCGUUCCCUCGUAGGACGAGCUAAAGCCAGACAGGCUGAGGCGGGCAGGGUGGUGUAUGUGUAAACAUUUUAAUUUCUGAAUAUAUUUAAAUCACCUUCAUUGUUUUUUGUUAUGUGGUUCAGCUGUUCAGAGGAGCGGGGCGACCUGUGCCUUUGGUGAGCUGGUUAAAACCAGAGCAGAAGAAUCAAUUAACCAUUAAAAUUGGCAUAGACUUCUGUAACAUGUAAUUAUUGCAAGGAUCAAAACUUAAAGUUAUUUGUUUUGUGUAAAAACACUGCUUUAAAUGAAUGUUUUAGUAUUUCUGUUACUCAUCGGUGUAACUGUAGUGGAGGUGCUUUCAGCUCGGAUGCAUGUGACCCGAACCCACCCUUCAGCUGAAGCUGAGUCUUUCUUACAGAUGUUAAUCUGAAGAGCGCUUUAUACGGCUAGUUCAUUUAGAAAACGUUUGCUCCUGUAAAAUGCUCUGAGAUCAUAACGCAUCUAUUUAUUCCUCAUUUCAUCCUGUCAGGAGUUCAGAUGAAUUAGUCUCUUGGAAUAAAAAAAAUAAAUCUGUCAAAUCUGGA